CAAAACGCAAAACCGGCAUCAGCGUAUGCCGUGGAGUAGAAACGUUUCAAUUUUGUGUUACUCGCAGUCAGUUCGUGAUUCUGGCCCCACUGUGCGUAGGGCGAAUCGUGCUUCACGAAAUUCUACAAGAGUUUCGAUUAUUUAUUUCCGAGUUUCUCCAAUGAAGCAAUGUCAAAAAGGCACGUAGCUUUCAUAAAACCCGACGAACCCAGUUUUUUGAAGAAACUCAAACUGCAAGCAGGUUAUAAAGAAGGUCCAACAGUUGACACUAAACGUGAGGAUUACGGUGAAGUCUCAGAAGAAGAUUUACAAGAUACCGCAGAAGAACAACCAACGAUUGUAGUUUUGAAACCUGGUGAUUUAACAGCUGAAGAAGCUUCCCAAGAACAAGAGAGGUUAAAGAAAGAAUUGGAUGAAGCCCCAGCUAAUUUGAGUGUACCGAUCAUCUUCAAAGCGCCAAAUAAGCAGGAACCAGUAGAAGAAAAAUCGUCUAAGAAAAAACAAAGCUCUUCCACCAAGAAAACAAAAAAGUCAGGAAACAAAAGCCUUCUUUCCUUCGACGAAGAGGAGGACGACGAUUAAUUUUUCCUA